CACGCUAGGUCUUACAGCGUGGCUGACCGUAUAGAUGCUGUUGCACUGAGUUGACUUGAGGACUGAGACAUGGACACAGGUAGGACCGUCUGUUCUAAAGCUCAUUUUGUCUCCUCUUUUCAAACCUUUUCCAUUGAAACUGUAUAUUCAGGGUGAUGGAUCUGAUGCAGAACUGUAUUAAUUAGAUUUGUAUUUGGGAAGUUACUUAUUGAUUACAGGGUCGGCUAGCCAUAUGGCCGCUCUUUGAUUAAAUGUAAGCCAAACCGUUAUCUGUAACAUUAACAAUGUAGACCAUAACAUAAAACUACUUUUUGAUUCCACAAACAGACCGGGACUACAUAUUGAGAGCCGUUGGUUGUUGUUUUUUUCUGGACUCUUAAACAAUCGGGUGUCUUUAUGCAAUCUGAGGAGCUGACCCUUGCUGAGCACACACAGAUUGCUUUUUUUUUUUCCAUUUUCUAAAAUAAUCUGCAGCCAGAAUUUAUGCAAAAAGACUUUGUAAACAUCAGACCUUUUUCACCCCAAAUUAAAGAUUACCACCCUCUGAAUUUGGACACACUCUGGACGUCAUUCUGCCGCUAUAAUGAUGUCUCCUGAUGUUGAUCCCGGAACUGAUUACAUUAGUGAAUUGGAUUUACUUUGGAUUAAAGUCAACAGCAGCCAGAGACGGCAAUUCACAAAAUUUUCGACAUGAAGUUAGAACAAGCGUUAUGGAUGCUUUUACUGGCUGGCUGGUGUUUCCAUUAUGCCAGUAAUGACUUUGUGGACUUAAGUGAACACCCUAAAGUUCGACAGCAGCAUGUUGGACGUAAAAUGAUCACAGGACCCAAGGAAAAGGUUCUGAAAAAGAACGCCCGGACACGCAGGGAUGUAGGAGAUAUGCAGAUGGAGUCAAACUGGAACAUACCUGACAUAGACCAGGGCACCUAUGAGGAUGCUGACUGGCAUCCUUCUGCAUCAGCUCUGGAAACACAUUCUGACCUGAAUCCCGAUGCACCAACCGUCAUCCAGAUUGACGGUGCCGACGGUGGCACCAACCAGACUUUGAACCAGACACAGUGCGGCGAGUACAGCGGCCAGCUGACACCUAACGGACGGUGUCGGCUGACGGCAAGUCUGCCUCAUGUAGGAACGGCAGAGAAACGUUGCCCGGACAUGUUCCGCUGCACGGACGAGAUUUCCUUCUGGCUUCAGGAGAACCAGAACAGGAAGGAACAGCUGGAGGAGCUGAGGGAGACCAUGUCAGAGCUGCAGGAGGAGGUGAGGAACCACCGACAUCGAGUCAAGGCCCUGGAGAUGCAGGGCGAAGACAGCCUCAGACUGAACUCGACGCUUGGCCACCGCUUGCAUUUCUUGGAGCUGCGUCACGCAGAGGCCGACACCCUGCUCCAAGUGCACGCUGCGCUGCUGUAUGAGCUCCAGGCGCAGCUCCGCAACCUGUCAGCCACCAUGCAGCACAUGAGCCGCAGCAGCGGCUGCACCGUCAACGUGAUCAAGGCCACGCCGCCCCUCGGCAUGAGAAACACACUGCCACCAGGUGGACAGUACAUGUCCUACUGUCCAUCAGACUGCACAUCUCUGUAUCACAACGGGGUUCGGCGUUCAGGAGUUUACACCAUUGUCAUGUCACCAGGCACCACCUUCCCUGUGUACUGUGACAUGGAGACGGACGGCGGAGGCUGGACUGUAUUCCAGCGCAGGCGUGACGGCUUGGUGAGUUUUAACCGUGGCUGGGCAGAAUACCGGGAUGGAUUCGGUGAACCGCGAGGAGAACACUGGCUGGGCAACCAUCAGGUUCACCUGCUGUCCAACCAGGGUCACUACAGCCUCCGUAUCGACAUGCAGGACUGGAGCCACGCCCACAGGCACGCCCUGUAUCAGUCUUUCAGGAUAGACGACGAGGAGAACCAGUAUCGCCUCCAUGUUUCUGGUUUCAGCGGGACAGUGGAGGAUUCCUUCGGCUGGUAUCACGACCAACAUGGUUUCAGCACACCAGACACGGGGAACAUCUGUGCUGAGAUCAGCCACGCCGGCUGGUGGUUCCACCAGUGUUUCUACGCCAACCUUAAUGGGGUUUACUACAAGGGCGGCCGCUACUCUUUGAGGGCCAACAACCUGCUGGGGCCAGACGGCAUCGUCUGGUUUUCCUGGAAGGACUCAGACUUCUACUCUCUGAAGGCAGUCACCAUGAUGAUCCGCCCACGCAGCUUCAGACGUCUGUCGCCAUAGUGACGGGGCAUUUUGCACUGCAGCUUUUUAAGAGAUCUGCCAAAAGUACUAACAUCGCCAACAUAUCGUGUUUCUGCUCAGAUGUAAUCCCUCGGCAUGCUUAUUUUUCAUUUUAAAGAGUAUUUCUUCAAAUCCAAAAGGUGGCAGCUGGAUAUAAAUGAUAAAAUCUUUCAGGUUUACUCAAAGACGUAAAUAUCGUGGUUUGGUUGAGAGCAGGGCUUUGUGACAGACCCAUGAUGAUGGAAAGAUGUUCACCUGAAUAAGAGCCACCCUUUAUGUUGAAAUAACCAGAAUGGUGUUUUUAAGGUGGAUUUAAUUGCAUAAAUAACUGCCAAGGUUUAGUUUUUUUUUUUUUUUUUUUACUUCUGGCUGCAACUUAAUGAGCAGAUCAGAUAAAUAUCAGUCAUAUAUAUAUAUAUAUAUAUAUAUAUAUAUACAAUGUAUAUUAAGUUUUUAUAUUUUAUUGAAGUAGGGUGGAAACUUUAGGUGUCACUGUAGAUACCUACUUUGUAGCUGUUGAAUACGUUCAAGCUUUUCUGUGUAUGAUGCUUAAAAUCACCACCGCCACACGCUGACCUGAUAACAGCGAAUAACUGGAGUCUAAAAAGUUGAAAUAAAAGGUUUUUUAUUAUUAUUAUUGUUUUU